GGCCAAUGUACUUUCCUUCUUCCUCUCCAUCACUUCUUCCCUUAAGUUAAAGUGUUAGAGAAGACCUUCUUCCCAUAAAAAGAUUCUGUGUGAUCUGCCACUCUCAGGACUCAGCAUGUUCCUGCUUUGCUGAUCUUGCUGUUCUUCCCACACACCAAGCUCACUGCUGCUCAUUUACAUUUGCUGUCUCAUCUGCUUGGAGCAUGGCCUCCAAGAUCUUUGCAGCCCCAGGUAAGGGUACCAGUUUCUUCUUGAGCCAUGACCAGAGCCAUUCCCAGAUAAAUGAGGUUUCCUGGAAGGAUGUUACCAGUGCCUUAUCUCUGGCCAACAUGGUGCUGGGGCUCUUCUCCAUCAUCUUCAGCUUCAGCAGGAAACACCACUAUGCCUCCUGGAUGCUCCUGGUCAGCUUCCUGUUAGACAUGGCAGUCAGGGCAAUGACCAGCCACAUAAACAUGUGCUCCAAAUUGGGAGCUGAGCUGAAUGACUUUGCCGUCUUCACCACCUUCGGCUUGGCCUCCGCUCUGCUCCUAGGCGUGGAUGGACUUCUGAGUGGGAUCCUGGCCAUCAUCUAUGUGUCAGCUGCUUCUUUCCACUUGUGCUUUUAUUCACCUGGAGUCCCCUUCGCAUACAAGGGUCUACCCUGCCCCUAUGCUUCCUGCAUCUUGGCUUCCACCUCCCUUCUGACCAAAGGCAACAGGUUCAUCCUCUGCUGCAUGGCCUCACUCAUGAUUCUCUUCAUGAUGGACCAGAGCUACUAUCCAUAUGACAAAAUCCUGGAGUCUGAGAACUGGAAAAAAUUGGUUUAUAUAGGAGGUGUCAUCAUGCUCUUUUUCUCCCCAUUGUCUCUGUCGGCUUUUUACUGCCUGAUGUGGUCGCUCUCGUACAUCUUCUUUCCAGAUGCUCUGUGGGGCAAGGCAGCCUGUCUUUCGCCACAGCACUGAGGAAGCUAAGCAGCUCUACCAGCUUCUGCCGGCCUCUGUGGGUUUGUGUCAGCAUAUUGGGUCAAGCCUGCACUAAAGUUUUGCAUGUACCUGUGUUGUCAUAUACUAGAUAUAUGGUAUGUCUGUUGCCAUGAAGUGAGAAACCCAAAGCAGGGUCAGUGACCUUCACUUCUCUUUAUUCAGGGUUCUGACUCCCUUGCGGACAAUACUUGUUUAUGUCAUGUAGAACAGAAUAUCCCCCCGCCUCAAGCUCAGUGUGGGCUGGGUUUGGGUUCCAGCUCCAUUACCAGCCGGGUGACUGUGUGCUACUAAGGUCCAUCCCUUGGAAAGGAGAGCCUUCAGAACUGGUAUUGGCCUCGGCCUCAGCCCUGCCUGGUGGGGCUUCCUGAAGCAUUUCUUACUCUUGCAGACUCUGGCUCUGAGAAUGGAGCUAAUCACAGGACUCUUGUUGCCCAGUUUGAAUGUGUGUAGGAUUUUGUAACUUCAACAUUCUGUAUUUUAAUAGUUCAAAGCUGCUGCCUUUUGCUUUGUUUAGCAAUUAGAUACAUUGGUGACACAGGGCAUCAUCUGGCUUGCAGGAUCUCAUGUGAAUUUUCUUUCCUAUGCUGGAAACUACUAAACUCUAGCUAUUCAGAUGCCAUUUCAUAUUCUAAAAUCCAAAUCAAAUAGAAAUAAACAGUACUGUAUGGCAAAGUUGUACCUCACCUAGAACUCGGGUCCACUGAGCCCCCAGCGCAGAUAGACAUUCCACCUCCCAGAUGGUGGAAAAAAGGAUUGAUGGCUGGUUCUGCUCCACCCUCAGAGACUGUGCCAGAACACCUUCUACCCUGGAUAUAACAUUUUUAAGUUUCCAGAACAAUGUAUGUGGUAAAUAUACAUCUAUUCUCAAAUUAGAUGUUUAAAAAUAAAAACCCAAAGUAAGAUUUGGCUGUAACAGAAUAGUGCCUUCCUGUUAAAUCAUUCAUAUGUUCCUAGUUAGAUGGAUUUGCCUGUGUCCCAUGACUUUAUAUCUCCUUCAGUUUAAGUUUUGUAUUUUUGCUAUCUGCCAUAGUGCCUGACACUCAGAAAUGUUCACUUUGUAUAUGAAUUGAUUUAGUUGUGGAUUCUAGUGAGUUACAUACAAGGUUUCUAUAAUGUGGUAAGAAUUACCACAAAUAUACACAGGCUUAGACCUUUCAAUACGAUGUCCUUCAAUGCUAUACAUUGAUUUCAAUGUGAUGCUCCCCUUAAUCAAAGCAUUUUAGGAACUCCAAUUUGAAAAUGGUCUUCACAUAAAUUCUUAAGGACCAAGCAGCUGUAACAAUGCCUGAAUAAACAGGUGCUCAACAACACCACCACCAAAAAGCGAAAAACAGGUUUUAUUCUGAACUGACUAAAUUUUUUCCAAAAACCUAACAUUUGAGAUUAGCCAAUUAUGUCAUAUUCUUAAAUCAAAUUAGAUAUCAUAUUUGGACUCAAAUGCCUUGUGGCUCUUUCUAAAAUUUGAAACUAUGUUGAAAGGAAAAAGAUGCAAUUCUGAAAGAGAAUUUCCAUGUCCAUUUUAAGUGACAGCAGCAGAGUUAAAUAUACAGACCCCCAGGAGGACAGCUUUGAAAAGUAAAAUGCCCAUUUGCAUGUGUAAAUUAUGGCUUGAUUGUAACGGCAAUAAUUCAUACUUAAUUGCCUCCAGUUUUUUUUGUAGGUUAAUGACACUAGGAUAGUUAUAGGUCAGCUGACAGCCAGUUAACAGAGGGAUCUGUACUUCCUUGCAUCUCUCUGAGAGUAUGAUUAUACUUCUAUAUGGGCUUGAGGGUCUCAGAUACUAAGGCUACUCAUUCAAUGCCUUUGCUUCCUCAGAUAGUGGUUUUCUAAAAUAGAAUGUCUCUUCUUGGGCUUCCUCUUAGGAACAAGGGAGAAGGCCAAGACUUUAAAAUCUGCACUUCUCAAAUGAAUACAUGAAGCCAGUGGGGUUUAGGCAGUUCUCUUUGUCCUAAACUUGAUAGAGAGUGUAGAUUUCCCUCCUGGUCAACUUCUAGUCCCUUUUUCCUAACCUGAAGUCCUACUUCUGUGUCUGAUAAGCAGAGUCAAGUGACUGAGAAUUCUGCUACUCUUUUAGCCCUGUGACCUUGAAUAAAACGUUUAAUCUCGGCCGGGCACGGUGGCUCAAGCCUGUAAUCCCAGCACUUUGGGAGGCCGAGGCGGGCGGA